AUGUCCACUCAUUCCAAAAGAUCUCGACAGGUGCGAGCUUCGCGAAGUGUUAUCCUCAUUGCGAUCCAGUUCAAAAGGACCCCACGCGCGCAGCGUCUCUUCUCCAUGAAGUACGCGUGGAUGCAAGCCGCUGAACCGCUCUUCUUCCCCUGGUCACCCCGCCCGCCUUGCACCGGACCGACUUUGACAGCUUCACGAACCGCCCCCUGCGACAGCUUCCCGAACGCCCUGAUGUCCGAGCAGCAUGAUAGCCAUGGAGCCUAUAUUGAAAGUGGGUUCCUAGAGUGUAUUGUCAAUUUACGGAUGUGGAGCGCCGACCUGGCGACCGCGCCAUGGGAGAGUGGCGACCAGGCAACAUACGCAGGUGCAGUCAGCUUCCGCAUUUUGCGUGAGGCACAGGUCAUUAUUAUGAAGCAAGCUAUGACAGUAUUUGGCAGGCUCGCGCAGAUAAUGACCGUCUCCCUUGAAGUCUUACGCGCUGUGGCGAGUGGUUGGCCUGGAGGUGGCACACAAUAUCAUUUGUGGCACGCCUUAUCUGGCUUCAGCCUCGCUCUUGCUAUCGACCUCGGUGUCCUCACGCUUUCAAUGUCGCCUAUCGCAAGCAAAUGA